AUGAUAGAAAAUAAUGCUACUAUUCGACAGAAGAAGGAAGCUAGAAAAGGAGAACGUCUGCCUACGAAACUUGUUCAAGCCCUUGCCUCCGCUAAUGAAAGUACUACUGAUCAAGUCAAGAAAAUUAAACUCUUCAAUAACAGUGUGAAGAAACAACACAAGGACUUAGGUGUUGUUUGUUUUUUCAAAGAGAAAUUGCUUGAAGUCUGCGGACCACCUCUUCAAUCCUCUGUAGCAGAAGAGGUGGAACAAACAGCUGCAGCAUUUGGUUUAGUGCUGCGCCACGCAGCACACGCGCAGCAGUUUUUAAGUCAGAAGUCUUCUGAAAAACAAAUAGCUACGAAUGGCCAAAUGAUGCACGUGUGCUGCACGGCGCAACAAUAA